CAAAGCGACUCGUGAGGCCGAUUGACAGGUUAGAAUGAAAAUGAGGCGGACACUUGGUCACGACUUCAGUGCAAACGCGUCCUUUUAAGGAGAGCUCUAAACUUGGAUCAUAUCACCAUGGGAGCUAUUUGUAUUGCAAGGGACUUUUGUUUGUUUUUGCUCUUGUUAAAUACUCGCCAAAGCGCUGCUCUUCUAGAGAACCCAGAUCCAUGCGCAGAAGGAAGUGAUGAUGGCUGUCACAUUGAUGCUAUUUGUCAGAAUACCCAAGCCUCUUACAAGUGCACGUGUAAAGCAGGCUUUAAAGGCGACGGUAAACAUUGUGAAGACAUUGAUGAAUGCGAUAUCGAGUACAAUGGUGGCUGUGUACACGAAUGUAACAACAUACCAGGCAAUUAUCGUUGCACUUGCCAUGAUGGAUUCAAUUUAGCGCACGAAGGACAUAAUUGUCUAGAUGUGGAUGAGUGUGUGUUCAACAAUGGAGGGUGCCAGUAUACAUGUGUCAACACCAUGGGAAGUUAUGAGUGCCGCUGCAAAGAGGGCUUCUUCCUCAGUGACAACCAGCACACAUGUAUCCACCGCUCUGUGGAGGGCCUUAGCUGUAUGAAUAAGGAGCAUGGCUGUGCUCACAUCUGCAAGGAGACACCCAAGGGAGGAGUGGCCUGCGAGUGCCGCCCAGGAUUCGAGCUGGCCAGGAACCAAAGAGGCUGCAUCUUGACCUGUAACCAUGGUAACGGGGGCUGCCAGCACACCUGCGAGGACAUGGAGCAGGGGCCCAUCUGCAGGUGUCAUGUGAGGUACACCCUGCACCCUGAUGGCAGGUCCUGUGUAGAGCGGGAUGAGACAACUACUGAGAGCUCUGAUCACAACGCCAUGUCCUUCACUGAGGUUGACAAACGUGUCAAGCGCAGACUGCUAAUGGAGAACUGUGCCGUGAAUAACGGGGGGUGUGACUCCACCUGUAAGGACACAUCCACAGGCGUACGCUGCAGCUGCCCUGUGGGCUUCACUCUGCAGCCUGAUGGGAAGACGUGCAAAGACAUUAAUGAGUGUGAGCUACACAACGGUGGUUGCGACCACUUCUGCAGGAACACCAUCGGCAGCUUUGAGUGCAACUGCUGGAAGGGCUUCAAGCUGCUUACUGACGAGCACUCCUGCCAGGAUAUAGACGAGUGUUAUUUCGAAAGGACAUGUGGUCACACGUGUGUGAACUCCCCUGGUGGUUUUGAGUGUGUUUGCAACAAAGGGUACACCCUGUAUGGACUGGCCCACUGUGGAGACAUAAAUGAGUGCAGUGUGAACAAUGGAGGUUGUGAGCAGGGUUGUGAGAACACCAUGGGUGGGUUUGAGUGCCACUGCCACCCUGGCGAUAAGCUACACUGGAACAAAAAGGAUUGUAUCGAGGCAGAGGGUUUCCCAGCAACAAAGCCCCCCUCUAAACCGACCUUGAACUGUAGCAGGCAGGAGGGAGGUGACCGCUGCUACCUGACCUGCCAGUCCCAGGUCCAUAUCACCAGUGGGACGGAGGAUUCUUAUACAGUGACCUGUGGAAUGUCUCUGCCCUGCUUGGCUGGAGCACAAAGGAAUGGAAGUGGCUUGUAUUGCUUGGGCAAUGUCCUGCGAAUUAAGACCACAGCCACUUUUAAGUCUGGCACAGGAAAGUGCAACUUGAAACGUAGUCAAGAGAGACUGAAGGAGAGCCUGAACGCAGCUCACUCAGACAGCAGGUCCCCCUUCACGGAGAACGUCCAGUUCAGCUAUGUGCGCUUGCGCUGCAGCUCGUCUGGCCACCGGAUGCGGAGCCGCCACGGCAGGAAGGCGGGUUACGAGGAGGAGGUCUCCUCCAUCACGGCUGAGUUUGAGUUGGAUGUGAACCUAGAGGAGGUAACAGCAGAGAACUGUGACCUAGGCUGUGUGCGUCGACGCUCAGAGAAGAGGCUGAGGAAGACCAUCCGUACCCUGAGGAAGUCCAUCCACCGGGAGCAGUUCCACCUACACUUCGCUGGCUCUAACUACGAGCUGGCCAAGAGGCUGGCCCGGCCGGUGGACCUGCCGGAACACUGUGGGAAAGGACAGGUGCUGGUGGACAGGAAGUGUGUGAGCUGCACUGUUGGAACGUACUAUGACAGGGAUCAGGGAAGGUGUGUUCUGUGUCCAGCUGGAAUGUACCAAGAUGAAGCGGGGCAGACGUCUUGCGAGGUCUGCCCAGGGCCAGAGGUGAGAGGAAGCCCCAGGUCGGUUGGGGCGCGGAAUAUCUCUGAGUGUGGAGGUCAAUGUCCCCCUGGUCAGUUCUCCCAUGAUGGCUUCAUCCCUUGCCUGCCCUGUCCCCUGGGUACCUACCAGCCAGAGGUGGGGCGCACUUCCUGUUUCCACUGUGGAGGAAACCUGGUCACCAAACACAAUGGUGCCGUGUCCUUCCAGGAGUGUGAGACCAAAGUCCAGUGUUCACCGGGACAUUACUACAACACCAGCACACACCGCUGUAUCCGUUGUCCCAUGGGGACGUAUCAGGUGGAGUUUGGUCAGAAUUACUGCAUCUCCUGCCCAGGAAAUACCACCACCGACUUUGACGGCUCCACCAACAUCAUGCAGUGCAAAAACAGACACUGUGGGGGAGAGCUGGGAGAUUUCACUGGCUACAUAGAGUCCCCCAACUACCCAGGGAACUACCCAGCCAACAUCGAGUGCACCUGGACCAUCAACCCACCACCCAAGCGCAGAAUCCUCAUCGUGGUCCCAGAGAUUUUCCUCCCCAUCGAGGAUGAGUGUGGAGACUACCUGGUCAUGAGGAAGAGCUCUCUCUCCAACUCUGUGACGACCUAUGAGACCUGCCAGACCUAUGAGCGGCCUAUUGCCUUCACCUCCCGCUCCAAGAGGCUGUGGAUACAGUUCAAAUCGAAUGAAGGGAACAGUGGGAAGGGCUUCCAAGUCCCUUAUGUGACCUACGAUGAGGACUACCAGGAACUCAUCGAAGAUAUAGUCAGAGAUGGAAGAUUAUAUGCCUCUGAAAAUCACCAAGAAAUUCUCAAGGACAAGAAGCUUAUGAAGGCACUGUUUGAUGUAUUGGCCCACCCACAGAACUUCUUCAACUACACAGCACAGGAGUCAAGAGAAAUGUUCCCCAAAUCCUUCAUCCGAUUUCUACGUUCUAAGGUUUUAAGAUUCCUUCGCCCUUAAGAAGGCACUAUCAUCAAGUUACUUUGUGGAUAUCUCAGAAAAUGCAUAUACCAGUUACUCCCUGCAGCUGUUACGUAAUUCACUGACAAAUAGAAAAGUGUCCUUUAGUUAUCCUGUCUGUACAGAGACUGACUGAGGCUAGAGUUGACUAAGAGAGAUGGACUCGGACACUUUCCUCAAAUGGACUUCAAUUGGACGUUCUGGGAAUGGGUGGGUACUGGACUGUCAUGGCGCAGACAAGUGGCAGCUCCUGCAAUCACAUCUGGUCUACAUUCUAGAGCUAAAUGUUUUGUACUUCGAUACCACAUCUAUCUCUGAUACUUCCAUACACUCCUGUGUGAGCACUGCAACGUUUAGACAGACUGUCAAUUCCUUUUCAACUUUCAGUCUCAGGAAUAAAGCUUGAAGUGGUAAACUGAUUUGAUUAAAUUAAUGAAUGCUUCGAUUUGCAUACUGGUGUAACAACAACAUCUUGAAAAUAAUUAUGGUAAACGGAACUUUCACCAAUAGCAUAGAAAGCGGAUGAGACAAGACUCUUGAUCAUGUAUAAAAAGUUAACUGAGGUUUAUGCUAAAUGUCAACCACAUAGAUAGUGUAUAUUUAUAACAUUAAAUUCUAUUUCACAUUUAGAUCAGAAUUGUUGACAGAAAUAUGCCUGAAUAUGAAUAAAGAAUACAGCACAAAUGUGACCUUAUGGUGGGAACUUUAAAGCACUACAAGGAAUGUAGUGAUACCACAAAAGCAAUUAUCCUUAUGAAUGUUUUGUAUAUUGUGUAAAAAGUAUUAGAUGAAAAUGUUAACGUAUUGUAGUUAACUGCAUUCCUGACACUUGCGCAGUAUCGACACAUCCCCUCACAACCUGUAUUUUUGCUGCCUCAAAUUAAUGUUAUCGUUUUCCGCUGUCCUGAAAACAUGGUUUUACUUUAAGAAUUGCUAGACAGUGAAUACACCAUGCUACUGUGUUUUGAGUGAACAACAAAUGCCCAUGAAUCAAGACUAGCUCUUCACUAUGAUCAUUCAAACAGCUACCAAAGACUACUUCUCACUACUCAUAGAAGUGAGAUUAUUGAGUGGUGUGACUAGAAAUGUAGAGCAAUAUGAGGUGGAGCAAGUGAGAUUAUACAUUCCAGAUAUGGAAUGAGAGGUUUGUAUUCACUUAUGACUUAGCAAAGAAAUGUAUGUCUAUAUUUUUAUGUUUGUACAUAUAACAUGUUGUAAAUAAAGCAAAUAAACAUAA